AUGCAGCAACCCUCCUCCUCCACGUUCACUCAUGCAGCAACCCUCCUCCUCCACGUUCACUCAUGCAGCAACCCUCCUCCUCCACGUUCACUCAUGCAGCAACCCUCCUCCUCCACGUUCACUCAUGCAGGAACCCUCCUCGUCCACGUUCACUCAUGCAGCAACCCUCCUCCUCGACCGUUCACUCAUGCAGCAACCCUCCUCCUCGACCGUUCACUCAUGCAGCAACCCUCCUCCUCCACGUUCACUCAUGCAGCAACCCUCCUCGUCGACCGUUCACUCAUGCAGCAACCCUCCUCCUACACCGUUCACUCAUGCAGCAACCCUCCUCCUCGACCGUUCACUCAUGCAGCAACCCUCCUCCGCGACCGUUCACUCAUGCAGCAACCGUCCUCCUCGACCGUUCACUCACGCAGCAACCCUCCUCCUCCACCCUUCACUCAUGCAGCAACCCUCCUCCUCCACCGUUCACUCAUGCAGCAACCCUCCUCCUCCACCCUUCACUCAUGCAGCAACCCUCCUCCUCCACCGUUCACUCAUGCAGCAACCCUCCUCCUCCACCGUUCACUCAUGCAACAGCCCUCCUCCUCCACCGUUCACUCAUGCAGCAACCCUCCUCCUCCACCCUUCACUCAUGCAGCAACCCUCCUCCUCCACGUUCACUCAUGCAGCAACCCUCCUCCUCCACGUCCACUCAUGCAGCAACCCUUCUCCUCCACCGUUCACUCAUGCAGCAACCCUCCUCCUACACCGUUCACUCAUGCAGCAACCCUCCUCCUCCACUCAUGCAGCAACCCUCCUCCUGCACGUUCACUCAUGCAGCAACCCUUCUCCUCCAUCGUUCACUCACGCAGCAACCCUCCUCCUCCACCGUUCACUCAUGCAGCAAACCUCCUCCUUCACCGUUCACUCAUGCAGCAAACCUCCUCCUUCACCGUUCACUCACACAGCAACCCUCCUCCUCCACCGUUCACUCAUGCAGCAACCCUCCUCCUCCACGUUCACUCAUGCAGGAACCCUCCUCGUCCACGUUCACUCAUGCAGCAACCCUCCUCCUCGACCGUUCACUCAUGCAGCAACCCUCCUCCUUGA